CUUUUACCUCCAUUACUUCCUUCGUUUGCUCCCCCUUUUGCUUUCCGUUUGGACACCACCAUACUCUCUUGGCUUCUUCUCUUCUCCUCUCCUUCUGUUGUUGUUGUUGCUGCUGCUGCUGCUCGGGAGCAAUGGGUACUCCUAGUCCUACCCCCUACCACCUCCAGUCUCCAAGGACCAUCGUCACCAAGAUCAUCAGCAUGAAGCAGCAGCAGGAGGAGCCGGCGACGCCGGAUCCGCCGCCGUCCAAGAUCAUACUGCAGCCGCGGCACCGGACCACCCCGGCGAUGUGGUGCGGCGCCAUCGCCGGCUUCGCCUUCAGCGUCCUCCUCAUCCUCGCCGGCCUCGUCAUCCUCAUAGUCUACCUCUCUGUGAAGCCGAGGACGCCGUCCUUCGACAUCGCCAACGCCGUCCUCAACACCGUCUACGUCGGCUCGCCGUCGGCCUACUUCAACGGCGACAUGACGCUGGUGGCCAACAUCUCCAACCCCAACCACAAGAUGGGCGUCGUCAUCCAGUCCGGCGCCGUCGAGCUCUUCUUCCGGGGCAGGCUCGUGUCGGUGCAGGCGCUGCCGCCCUUCGCGCAGCCGCGGGGCCACUUCACGGUGCUCAACGUCCACAUGCUGUCCAGCCAGGUGGCGCUGCCGCCGGAGGUGGCCGCGGACCUGCUCAACCAGAUGAGGAGCAACAAGAUCCUCUACACCAUCAGAGGGACCUUCAAGGUCCGGGAAAGGUUCUGGUCUUGGCACUACACCUACCGGUUGACCGCCAUUUGUGACCUCGAGCUCACCUCGCCUCCCUCUGGAGUUCUUCUUGAUAGGAGAUGCACAACAUCAAAGUGAUUAGUAAUUGGUCUCUGGAUCCAUGCUCUUUUGAUCUCAUUUGUUUCUUGUAUCAAAUUGUAGAGGAAUUGGGUCAAGGCAUAGCAAAGCAAACAUACUAGUACUAUGACUUACUAGUGUGGUUUGAGGUUGUGGCUUUCACAUUUCUUGUUUACAAGAUCGAUCGGUAGCUGCCUUACUGCUGGAGCCUCAAAGCCUUCCUGCAACAUGUACAGCGGCAGGCAAUGGUCGUAUAUAUGCAGCUGUCUAGAUAUUGUUUGUACAUCGUGGAUCUCAUAUAUGGUUAACAGGAUGGAUUUUAUAAAUUGCUGCAGACAUAGA